ACCACCUGCAGAAUGAAGCGAAGAAGUUUGAAAACCAAGUGCCACGCCUUCCCCUCCCAUGAAGAGCCCAUUAAGAGGCAGAAGUGGAUGAUGAGCGCUUUUGCGUCGUCUCCCCGUCAGGACUGGGGUAACCUCCCCCACCACGUGGUCUUGCAGAUCUUUCAGCACCUGUCGCUGGUUGACCGGGCCAGAGCCUCGUCUGUGUGCCGGCGCUGGAAUGACGUCUUUCACACCCCUGACCUGUGGAGGAGGUUUGAGUUUGAGCUCAAUCAGCCUGCCACUUCUUAUCUGCGCUCCACUCACCCUGACCUCAUUCAGCAGAUCAUCAAGAGGCACGCCCAGCACCUGCAGUACGUCAGCUUCAAGUAUUUCCACACCUUCAUUUUAUGCGUGUUUGUCUUUACCAAAAAUGGGAAAUCGCUGCUGGCGAACCAGGUGGACAGCUGCACAGAAUCUGCAGAGGCGGCCUGUGACAUUCUUUCCCAACUGGUGAACUGUACCAUCAAAACCCUGGGGCUGAUUUCUACAGCGCGGCCCAGCUUCAUGGACGUGUCUCAAGCACAUUUUGUGUCUGCACUGACAGUGGUGUUUGUGAACUCCAAGUCCCUGUCCUCCAUCAAAAUUGAUGACACCCCAGUGGAUGAUCCAUCCCUGAAGGUGCUGGUGGCCAACAACAGUGAUACUCUGAAGUUGCUGAAGAUGAGCAGCUGUCCUCAUGUGUCCCCAGCAGGCAUCUUGUGUGUUGCAGACCAGUGCCAUGGCCUCAGGGAGCUGGCAUUGAACUACCAUCUCCUCAGUGAUGAGCUCCUACUCGCCCUCUCCUCUGAAAAACACGUCCACUUGGAACACCUGCGCAUUGAUGUGGUGAGCGAAAACCCCGGUCAGACUCAUUUUCACACCAUCAAGCGGAGCAGCUGGGAGGCUUUGGUCCGACACUCCCCCAAGGUCAACAUCGUCAUGUACUUCUUCCUUUACGAGGAGGAGUUUGAGCCCUUCUUCUGCGAGGAGACCCCAGUCACACACCUGUACUUUGGCCGGGCAGUCAGCAAAGAGAUGCUGGGCCGCAUCGGGCUGAACUGCCCUCGGCUGGUUGAGCUGGUGGUGUGCGCCAACGGGCUGGAACCCCUGGACGAAGAGCUGAUCCGCAUCGCAGAGCGCUGCAAAAGCCUGACGGCCAUCGGGCUGGGCGAGUGCGAAGUGACCUGCAGCGGCUUUGUGGAGUUUGUGAAAAUGUGCGGGGGCAGGUUGACGCAACUGUCCAUCAUGGAGGAGGUGCUGAUCCCGGACAGCAGCUACAACAUGGAGCAGAUUCACAGCGAGGUGUCGAAGCACCUGGGACGCAUGUGGUUCCCGGACAUGAUGCCCACCUGGUAG